AUGACAGAAUCAUACGAUCCAGAUGAAAUCCCCGGUUCCCCCGGGCUGAAGGCCACCCAGGUUGAUUACUCACUCAAGGAUUCGCCUCCACCCUUUGGGGAACCGCCGCCUGAGGGAGACGUUGCUAAACCUCCUGUGGACGACGUGGCACCGUUUUCGGGCAGUUCCCGUAAGCGCCUGCCGGAAUCUCCCAAGCCCAGAACACUCGAGGGCAACUCGGUGCUGAUCAGACAUCUAGAGCCUAAUCGACCUGAUAUAGCCAAUUUCGAAUAUCAACAUGGCUUCACUCAUGAGCCGGUAACUGAUGAUUCCUUUGAAAAGCCUACUAAAUUAAGGUCUAAACUGGACAAUGCUUUGCUGCCAGAGCCAUGCAAACCCACGGAGACAGACAGCUUGAAAGCUGCAGCCACAGCCAAACAAGCACUUGACCUGGUAUCUUUAGAUAUCAAGGAAGAUCCUAGGGAGAAUGCCCAGUUCGGAUUGACGCCAAAAGAACCCAUUCAUUCCCCGGAGCAGUCGUCUCCUAAGCAGGAGCAACAGCACACGCCUCCCAAUAAUAUCUCAUCACUACUAUCGGAUCCUCCGCCACGACAGGAAAGGAAGCUGUCUGACCCCGACUCCCGCUUGAGCAAACUACUUCUCGUCAACCCUUCGACAUCUCCAGGCCAGGUCCUACCAGCGCUUCACUCUUCAUCAACGGGGAAUUCUGUUGAUCAUAGCCUCCCUUCCCUCCAAACUGCAUUAGCGGCAGUCACGGAUGUACCGCCAAAUCCCGCCGUGCGCAUCAAUGGCUCAUCUUCGUAUACCCUGCCUCCAGUACAAGCUUCCUCUCCAGUUUCAAGGACAGACUCUCUCUGGGAUCACCAACGCAUGGGGCAGUUUGGGCCAACCCCGCAGGUUCCGCCCAGCCCAUAUUCACAUCUAUCUCCUGCGAGCUCGAAGGAAAUGUCGACCAUGCCGUCUCCUGCUUCACAAUCACCGUACUGGAGGAUCAAAGAGAUUCCUUAUCUGACCUCACCAUAUGAGGUGGCUUCCUCCACGGUCAAGAGUCCCGCGACAGGUUAUCCGACCCCGACGGAUCAGACACCUACAGGGUCCUGUGACCGAUUAUUCAACCCAUCUGCGCAGGUCAAUGGGCCUGUACCAGCUGGGACAUAUAAAUGUCGUUAUCCUGGGUGCACGGCACCUCCAUUCCAGACUCAAUAUCUACUAAAUUCUCAUGCGAACGUUCACUCCCAAGACCGUCCGCAUUUUUGCCCCAUAGAAGGCUGUCCUCGUGGACCAGGGGGCAAGGGCUUUAAAAGGAAGAACGAGAUGAUUCGUCAUGGUCUCGUCCACAAUUCUCCCGGUUAUGUCUGCCCUUUUUGUCCAGAUCAACAGCAUAAGUAUCCUCGACCGGACAAUCUUCAACGACAUGUCCGAGUCCAUCAUGUCGAUAAGAACAAGGAUGAUCCGGCUCUCAGGCAGGUCCUGGCCCAGAGACCGGAAGGUAGCAACCGCGGUCGGCGCCGCCGCACCAACGCUCAAUGAGCGAUCUCCUCACGAUGGUCGUGAGGACCCCCCCUUCCCAUUAGUGCAGAUUUAUUGUUCAGAUGAUAUUGCAUUAGCGACAGCGCCCGUGUUGAUUCAGUCCUCGGGAAGGUGGCUUUCUCGAACAUGAUCCUGAUGUUGAUGAGUCAUGCUGGGAAUCACGCAGCCACUCUUGCCCACCGCCCGCCACCCGAUUCCCCAAUUGUCGUGUAUACUGCACAUGCAUCAUAUGAGCUCGUCCCGUCUUCUUGAUACUCUUCUUGCUGUGAUACCAGAUUUUCUUAGAGUUACCCUUGACUCUCUACCGCCCAUUGUUCUGCGCGACUUGUUCCAUGCCAUUUGCUCCAUUUCUUACCAUGCAUAUUUUCCUUAGCCUCGUUUGUUGCUGAAUACCUUGGCGAAUUAUGGUUCUUUUGUACAAGAUUUG